AUGUUCUACUAUGUAGUUUUUGCUACUGUUGCUAUUCUUACAACUGUUUUAAAUGGUAAACCAACAACAUCAUUGAAAAAUGAACCAGAACGUUGUUGUAUACCAACACAAUUUAAUUCACAAUUAAUUGGAAUGAAAGGUGUAUCAUUUUCGGUACCCGAUCAACAGAAAUCAAAUAUAUGGAUUAUUGAAAAUAUGAAUGAUGGACAAAUUUAUGCCAUAGAUGAAGAUGCGAAAAAAUGUUAUAAAUCAACAAUGCCAAUUAAACCAAUUCAUUGUAUACCAGAUACAGCAACUUAUGUACAUUCAUUUACAUAUGGAUAUGGUGACAAAAAAAUUAUUGGCGAUACAUGGCGUAUACAAAAUGACGAAGCAGUUGAUUAUGUAACAGUUAGUCGUGAUGGUCGUUGUAUUCUAUUGACCGACUCUACUUUCUUUCAAAACCCUGCUCUUGUAGACGCAAUGACAACAACAGAUUUUGUACCACAAAUUGAUGAUCCAAGUAUAUUUGAUAUACCACCGGAAUGUAAAAAUGCCAUUUAG